AUGAGGGAGUUCUUCGCCUUCAAACUUCAAGAUAGAAGGAAUAUGUUUUCAUUACUUCUCAAUGCAAGGAGGCUUCUACAGCAAUUUAUUGUUGAUGGAUACACAAUGAUUGAAAGUGAGAGGUUGCAUUAUAUACGUAAGCAGCAAAAAGUCCUAAGGUGCGAGAUAUAUGAUACUCCAUGCAAUGUACAAGAACAAGGAGAGUGGGAUGUUUCAAACAUUGGACAACAUGUUAUACUACCUUCUUCUUUCACUGGUGGUGCUCGGUACAUGAUGCAAAAUUAUUUGCAUGCAAUGUCCCUUUGUAAAUGGUAUGGAUAUCUUGACUUGUUUCUAACCAUGACUUGCAAUCCAAAAUGGCCAGAAGUUAGAAGAUUUGUUAAGGACACAUGCCUAAAUACAGAAGACAGGCCUAACAUUCUUUGUCGUUUAUUUAAGAUCAAGCUUGAUGCACUUAUUAGAGAAUUGAAAGAGAAUGAGUUUUUUGGCAAAAUUCAAGUAGGUGUUAAACUAGACAACAGAAAUGUUGUUCCAUAUAAUAAACAUCUGUUGAAAAGAUAUCAAGCCCACAUUAAUGUUGAGUGGUGCAAUCAAGCAUCUUCAAUCAAGUAUCUGUUCAAAUACAUCAACAAAGGUCCAGAUAAAGCUACUGUUGCAAUUGUAGAAAACAGUGAUGAUGAGGUCACUAUUAAUGUUGUUAAUGAGAUAAAACAGUAUUAUGAUUGUAGAUACCUUUCUGUAUGUGAAGCUUCAUGGCGUAUUUUUGGAUAUGAUGUUCAUUAUAGGACUCCUUCUGUUUUAAGACUUCUUUUUCAUCUUCUGGGACAACAAUAA